AUGGCUGGGGGCAAGAAGGGUAAAAACGAGGGCAAGUCGCAGGCGAAAGGCGACAGUGCCAAGCCCGCUAAAGGAGGCAAGGGGAAGGGCAACCAGGAUACAAAAGAGCCUGUCAAAAAUAAAAGUGCCCAACAGAUCCUGGUCCGCAACAUCCUCUGUGACAAAUUCUCGAGGAGAGAGGAAGCUCUGGCAGAAUUAAGACAGGGAGAGAGUUGGAAAGCCGUCUGUGACAAAUAUGCCAUCGAAAAAGUAAACUCAGGUGGCUUGAUUGGCUGGAAGAAAAAGGGAGACGUCGAGGCAGAGUUUGCGACUGUUGCAUUCUCUAUGCCUUCGAUAGUGGAACACCAUGACUUGCAGAGCUAUCCGUACGGCGACUGCAAAACAAGUUUCGGUUAUCAUAUCAUUCGGGUAGACGAAAAGAAGUGA